AUGAAAGCGAAGUCAUCAGGUCUGAUCAUCGGUAUUUCAAUUGGCGUGGUAAUCGGAGCAAUUUUAGCCAUAGUCGGACUACUCUGCUUUAGGUUUCACAGGAAACGAUCUCAAAUAGGUAACAACAGUUCCAGAAGAGCAUCAACCAUCCCCAUACGCGCAAAUGGUGCAGAUUCUUGUACGAUUUUAUCCGAUUCAUCAAUGCGUACGGAGACAUCAUCAAGACCAUCUAUACACAACGACAUUUCAUUUUGGUUUACUGGACUAAGGAAAUCUCACGUGGUUGCAGCUUCAGGAAUCCUCGAGUAUUCUUACAAAGAUCUACAGAAAGCAACAAGUAAUUUCACGUCAAUAAUAGGGCAAGGGGCAUUUGGACCUCUUUACAAAGCUCAGAUGACAACCGGUGAAACUGUUGCUAUUAAAGUCCUUGCAACCGAUUCAAAACAAGGCGAGAAAGAGUUCCAUACGGAGGUUAUGUUAUUGGGAAGAUUACAUCACAGGAACCUUGUGAAUUUGGUAGGAUAUUGUGCAGAAAAGGGACAUCAUAUGCUCAUAUAUGUUUACAUGAGCAAAGGGAGUCUCUCUUCUCAUUUGUACAACGAAAACCGUCAACUUUUAGGCUGGAAUUUGAGGGUUCAAAUCGCUCUCAAUGUUGCAAGGGGAUUAGAAUAUCUACACGAUGGAGCAGUUCCUCCUGUUAUACACCGAGAUAUAAAAUCUUCCAACAUCCUGUUAGAUGAGUUGAUGGGCGCUAGGGUAGCUGAUUUUGGGCUUUCUCGAGAAGACAUGAUUAAUAGAAACGCCUCAAAUAUUCAAGGAACUUUCGGCUUUGGCGUAUUACUAUUCGAGCUUAUUGCAGGAAGAAACCCUCAAAAAGGUCUCAUGGAGUAUGUUGAGCUAGCGGCAUUGAAUACAGAAGGGCAAGUUGGAUGGGAAGAAAUAGCGGAUUCGCGUCUAGACGGGAAUUUUGAUGAGCGGGAACUGAAUGACGUGGCGGCACUCGCGUACAAAUGUGUCAACCGAUCACCGAGAAAAAGACCAUCAAUGAGGGACAACGUACAAGUGUUGUCUCAUAUCUUGAAAACAAUACAAAACAAAAGGCAUCAAAAAAGACGUUCCUCAUUAUCAUCAUCAGAAGUUGCUAUCACCAUCGGUCAAUCAACUCGCCAAAACUCAAUGAAUAGUGAACACCAUCGGGCCGAAUCCAUGGACAGCAUACCCGACUCGGUUGAAGUUUAA